CACACACACUCAGCCGCCCUGACUUCGCCAGAGCCUCACUCUGGAGAGGAGCCUCCUCUCUCUGCUCCGCUCGCUGCUCGCUGCCGCACCCCCGCCCAUCCGCGCUGCCAGCAGCAUCAGCAAAGUUGGCCUCCAACUUGAACGGAAGGGAAGUCUCGCUCCGGCUCCCAGCGGCUCGGCGGGCAGCGGGCCGGCCCCAGACGCCCGACUCCGUGGGCCUGGACAGCCCACCCUCCCACCCUUCUCCCGGGGACACUUAGGCCCUGACCUGCGGCCCCCGCCCCCCGGCUGGGCUGAGGCAUGGGGCGCUGAGGUCCCUCUGGAACCCCUUUCUCACGGUGUGGAACCCAAGCGGCCCAACGUCCGAGCCAGCAUGGCCACGCCCGUGCAGCCUCAGUCUCCCCCUGCGCGGGGGCAGCCGGGCGCCGCCUCGCCCCUGGACCUGCCUGAGAUGGAGAUGCUGCUCACCAAGGUGCAGGGCCAGGGGGACAGGCCCCUGAAGCUGCCCAAGUCCCUCUCGGGGGCGCUGGACCUGGAGCAGAACGGCCACGGGCUGCCCUUCAAGGUGGUGUCCUCCGAGGGGCGCCGGGAGGCCUCCCUGCCCCGCUCGCCCUCGCGGGCCAGCUCCCGGCGGGCGUCCUCCACGGCCACCGCCUCCGACGCCCAGGACGGGGAGGCCCCCAAAGAUUACCUCAUCCUUGCCAUCGCCUCCUGCUUCUGCCCGGUCUGGCCCCUCAACCUCAUCCCCCUCAUCUUUUCCAUCAUGUCUCGAAGUAGCGUGCAGCAGGGGGACAUAGACGGGGCCCGGAGGCUGGGCCGCCUGGCCCGGCUGCUCAGCAUCACCUUCAUCAUCAUGGGGAUCAUCAUCAUCAUCGUGACCGUGAGCAUUAACUUUGCAGGUGAGUCCCAGCCGCGUGGCAGCCACGGCUGCGGCCUGGCCUCUGGGGCAGGGACAGGGGUCCAGAAGACAUAG